GCUCUUAGUAGGCUAUACAAGGCUGAGGCAUAUGGAAUAGUUGUUGGUACGGGAUCCAAAACGGUGCAGCCCAAACUUAAAAAGUUUUGGUGGUUGUGUAAUGUUGUUAUUCUAUUUGAUCUGAAAAGAGAAAACAGUUUCUAUUAGCUGAAGAAAAAGCUUCUGUUGACAUCUAAAAUAGUAGUAUUAUAAACGGGAGACAUGUAUUCCUACACCGGUGAAUAAUUAAUUAAUUAGGGUUGACCGAUGAACAUCAGGAAAACAAAAGAAAAAAGGUAUCUUCUAGGCAUUCAAAUUAGUUAUGAAAUACUAAAAAAACAGAGUUGUAGAGAACAAUCUCUCGAAACAGUUAAGAACACAUGUACCAUCAUCAUGUUGUAUUAGACAAAAUGCAGUAGUAUUCCUACUUUUCCUAGCAGCGAUUAGUUUCAAAAAUUUGUACUAUUGGCAUUUAGAAUCGAGCUGAUACUUGCUACUUUUAAUUUUAGGCAUGUAUACAUAUAUAUAAAAGAAAUGGUAGAAGUAAAUAGAAAGAGGAAGAUGCAUAUAUCUACUUUUUUGAAUUGUUUCAUAGAAGUAGAAUAGCUUUCACGGUUCACAUAAUAACCCAUAUGCUAAAAAGAAGAUAAAAUUUGAAUGCCAUGAGGUGACAGGACAUGUUUGUUUAUUUAUAUGUAAGAGAAGUAAAUAUAAUACACAUUUUUGAUAUGACUAAUAGUUAAUAUUUUAUCAAAAAUAGUUUUAAGUUAAUUUUAUGGAUUAAAAGUUAACAAUAUGGCUAAACGAGAGUAUGUGGUUGGUUGGUAAUGCUAAAUAUAAAUUUUAAAGUUGGGCACUCAGUCACUUUUGGUCUGUCGUUUGGGGCUUAAGUAAUGGCGCUCCAUCUUUAGCGCAGUCUCCGAGAUUUUGGAGUUCUCACGGCCUCUGGCUGGAUUCAAGUAAGUUUUGCUCUGUCUACAAGGAAGGAUGGCUCAAUCGAGGGCCAACUUUUCAUCCCGAAACCUUACCAAAACGCAACUAGGCGGUGUCGUUUUCGGCUGCACCAAACAUACCAUCAAGGAAUGCUUGUCCAAACACUUGUUUGGUUUACCUUACAACCACAUUUCAUACGUGCAGAAGAUUGAUACUGCCCUCCCCUUGUUUCUUUUCAACUAUUCUGAUCGUAAACUUCAUGGCAUUUUCGAGGCUGCUGGUCCUGGUCUCCUCAAUAUCAAUCCUUAUGCCUGGACCUCUAACGGUUCCGACAGAACUUCUUUUCCUGCCCAGGUUCAAAUCAGUGCUCGGUUACAGUGUGAACCCCUUUCUGAAGAACAAUUCAAAUCUGCCAUUGAAGAUAAUUACUACACUCCUCACCAUUUUUGGUUCGAGCUUGAUCAUUUACAGACUAAUAAGUUGAUUUGUCUGCUUACUUCCUUUGCUCUCAAACCUAAACCACCCCUCAGUACAUGUACCCCACAGAACAGACAGCUUUUUCACUUUCCUUCAUCACCUCAAAUUGGAGACAACACGGACCAAGUUAAGCCUUCCAAGAAUGAACCCGUGGAGGUGUCACUCGUUUCUGCCAAGGAAUCCUCCUCCUCACCUACUCCUCCUCUUCUUGAAGAACUGAGGGAUCUCGCCCUUAGUCAUGACGACAAUACUCUGAUCAAAACCGUUGACCAAGCAAACAUUCCCACCUGCAACACCUUGACAUGUUCAGCGGGGAAAGGAGAUGGCGGUUCUCUUGUUUCAUCUCCUCCUCAACAUACAAUUAUCCAGUUGAUGCACGAGGUGAAGGAACUCAGGGCAUACGGAAUUGAAAAUUCAACCAAGAUAUGCUACUUGGAAGAGAAACUGGGUGAAGCACACAUUGAAAUCCAUAGACUGAGAGAGCGUUGCAACAUGCUGGAGUCCAAAUCAGCAGGUUCUUUGAUCUCCAAAGCUCGUGGUAGUGAUGAUGGGGAGAGCCAUUCACCAGAUGAUUCAACCGAGGCAAUACUUCUUUUGGGGGGAUUUGAUGGUUACUCUGAAUCAGGAUUGUCAUCAGUGCAAUCAUAUUUUCCAUCUAGGAAUGCUGUAAUGGCUCAUAGUUCGAUGAGCUGUAUCCGCUCAAAUGCUUCAGUGGCAAAAUUGGAUGGUAAAGUUUACGUCUUUGGAGGGGAUGAAGGUGGCCAUGGCUGGUCGAACACAGUUGAAUCAUAUAACGAGACGGAUGGCCGGUGGAGCUUGUGCCCUCCCUUGAACGACCGGAAAGGAAAUUUAGGUGGAGCCACGUUGGAUGGAAAAAUAUUUGCAAUAGGAGGCGGGAACGCUGAGGUGGUUUUUUCAGAUGUUGAGAUGCUUGAUCCAGAUAUAGGGAGAUGGAUCAGAACAAGGUCAAUGGAGCACAAGAGAUUUGCAGUUGCAGCCUCGGAGCAUAACGGUUCGAUAUAUGCUGUCGGUGGUUUUGAUGGGCAGGAGUACCUCAACACAGCUGAAAGGUUUGAUCCUAGAGAGCACUCGUGGAUGAGAAUUGCAUCGAUGAAGUCAAGAAGAGGCUGCCAUUCUCUUGUUGUUUUGAACGAGAAACUAUAUGCGAUAGGUGGGUAUGAUGGAUCGACAAUGGUAUCGAGUGUGGAGAUAUAUGAGCCACGGAGAGGGACAUGGAUAGAGGGAGAAGCAAUGAAGGAGGCGAGAGGAUAUUCAGCAGCGGCAGUAGUGAAAGACUGCAUAUAUGUGAUCGGAGGAUACAAGGGGGAAGGAGUAGACAUCUUAGACACUGUUGAGUGUUACAAGGAUGGCAAAGGGUGGGAAAAGGUGCCGUGUUCAUCCAUGGGGAGGCGUGGCUUUCUAUCCGCAGUGGCUUUGUAAAGUGAAAAAGCCUUCUUCUUUUUUUUGUAUCUAUGGCAAAGUCAUUACUCAUGAGAUGAGAGAGAGAGCCAUUGAUAGGGAACUCUCUAGGAGUUUAGGAGGCAUUUUAGACGUUGGGGGAAGUGUGUUUUUGGAUGCAAAAUGGAUUUUGCUAUAAUGAUGGUUUUGUAAAUUUCAGUUGGAAAACUGACUUGUCUGAAACAGAAGAUUAUAAUUAAAAUAUCGUUGAAACUCGCAA